UCCAAUGCGCCGGUUCUCGGCUGCACUUUCCUCACGCUGUCAGAUCGUGAGGAAAGUACUGCCAAGAACCGGCAGUUGUCAUAGGCCGGGAUCGGCACAGAUCAUCAGGGCACUGAUCAUCAGUGCCCUGAUGAUCGGUGCUCAGCAGUGCACACUCAAGUUCUGCCCACCUGUGACACCCAGCAGUGCCCCCACCUGUGCCACCCAGCAGUGCCCCCACCUGUGCCACCCAGUAGUGCCACCACCUGUGCCACCCAGUAGUGCCACCCACCUGUGCCCAGUAGUGCCACCCACCUCCCAGCAGUGCUGCCAGUCAGUGCCCAGGAGUGAUGCCAGUCAGUGCCACCUAUCAGUG